AUGGCGGCGUUUGCGGGUCCUCGCUAUCACUUCACGAUCCAGCCUGAUUAUUUUGUCGAUUACGAGCAAGUGGCCGCCCAGGAUCCCUCAGGCAAGGCGACAACGCAACCGAAUCUGGGUAUCCUCGACCGCGAGUACCCCGAGAUUGAAAUUCCGGGCACGCCUUGGGAGCGUCUCGUCACAAACGUCACACGUCUCAACGCCGAGAGCAAAGGCGACGUCAAGUACAAAGUGCUGUUCCUCACAAGGCACGGCCUAGGUUACCACAAUGUCCAGCAGGCCAAGGUCGGCACCCCAGAGUGGGAUCGCUACUGGUCGCGGCUCGACGGCGACGGUGCAGUCAUCUGGCGUGACGCCCCCCUUGUCGAGGAGGGCAUCAACCAGGCCAAGCAACUGAGUCUCAUCUGGCAAGACGCUGUUGCCAACGGCAGGAUGCCUCUGCCGCAUUCUUUCUACACGAGCCCCUUGACUCGAUGCCUGCAAACCAGCAAGCUUGUCAUGGGCCCUCUCCUCGAGAGUCGCGGACACGCAUUCCGCCCUAUUGUCAAGGAGCUGCUGAGAGAGCGCAUGACGGACCACACGUGCGACGCCAGGAGUACGCGCACCUCGAUCCAGGAGGCGUACCCAGAGUACAUCAUUGAGCCAAGCCUCACAGAGACGGAUGAGCUCUGGAAGGCCGAUCGGUUCGAGUCGGAUGAGGAGCACAUUGCACGGAAGCAGCGCGUGCUCGAAGACAUCUUUUCGACAGACCACAGCCAAUACAUUUCGCUGACGGUGCACUCACAAGCUAUACAGGCCAUCAUGCAGGUGGGAGGUGCCACGCCGUUCAAGAUUCGGGAGGGGACCUCAUUUGCCGUGGUCAUGCGGGCAGACGUGCUGCAUACAUAG